AGCAUCACAAUUAUGUAUCUUCCCAAACCCAUCCCAUCAUAAUCUUCCACAAGGAAACUGUUUCAUUUUCCCUUUUCUUCUCGUAAUUUCAGUCUCUUUUUCCCUUCAAGCAUGACCAAAUUAGCCAAAGCUGCUGCCAAAGAAACUAGCAGGCUCAACAAGAUCAUGAAAGCGCCCAUAACGGCUUUGAUAAAGGUCAAAGACUUCUAUAUUAAGAGCAUGAGUGAGUGUUCUGGCCAAUUCGAUUAUGGGACCUUCAUGGGCUGCCCUGCGGCCCAAAUCACCACUUUGCCUAAGAGCUUCAGUGUUGGCUCAACGAGGUCAAGCAAUAGUAGUACGGGCGACUUGCAGAGAGAGCUUGUGAGAGUUUCUUCAACGAAGCAGCAGCAGCAGUCUCCGGUCAUGACCGCAAAACCGAACAACUUUCAGAGGAGUCGGAGCGUCGGAAUCGGCCGGAUUGACGAGGACAAGCCGUGUGAGUUUGAGGAAGAUAUUAAGGUCAAGACUUAUGUGUACUCUAGAAGCAAAAGUCAUCAUGUUCAUAAGAUAACAAUGUUUUAAG